GUAUUGUACACACGCUCGUUAGCUUGACCCGGUGCACUUUCAGUUUAGUAACCACACAGCUUAAAGAGUCGAUGAUAUCAGCGCAGGUUAUGCGACACCAGUGUCUGCACUUUGACACACAUUUUCUUCAGUUUGGUUGACGAUCUUUAAAACUUUAAAACGUUUUACUGGUAGACGAACAAGUUUGCGCCUGCGCCCUAAACCUUCGUUUUUUUCCUCCAGCGUGAGGUAUGUUGCUUUGCUUGAAAAUCAGCAGCUGCUGCAAAGAGCAGAGGCGCAGGCAAAGUGGAAUAUCAAAGCAACCCACAGGGACAAGACGAACCGACAGCCCUGGGCUGUGGAUCAUUGUAGGGAUGGAGCAGGCUGAUGUGCAGUCAUUUUUCUCGGUUUCCUAAAACGAGACGAGUCGUUUACUGUGGAAGACGCUUUCUCCCCAUGUAUUUUGGAUGAUCUCCCGCAGCCAGGUCCACGUAUUGAGAUGAUCUAUUUUUGUGAUGGCGAAGGGUCUGUUUCCACGGGCCUGGGUGAAAAAGUCUUUCUAUUUCCAGGCUCGAAUCUCCUUUGUUCGGGUGAAGUACCUGUUCCUUACAUGGCUGACUGUGCUGGUGGGCAGCUGGGUGCUCUAUGUGCAAUACUCCGCCUACACAGAGCUGUGCAGAGGACACGAGUGCAAGAACGCCAUUUGUGAUAAGUACAGGAAGGGAAUCAUCGAUGGCUCUGCCUGCAGCAGUCUGUGUGACAAAGAAACGCUCUAUAUGAGCAGGUGUCUGUCAGUACUGCCAAACAACCAGGUGUACACAGGAAGCUGGGGAGACCAUGACGGGAUCAUCCGCUGUAAGUUGGGCGAGGUCGUGCACUUGGAGCUGGGCGAGGAGCCGGAGCCUCGGAGAGAGGCCCCCGUGUUCGACAAGCCCACCAGAGGCACAUCAGUGGAGAAGUUCAGAGAAAUGGUCUUUAAUCACCUCAAGUCUAAGCUCGGAGAGCAGGCUAACCUCGCCAGCCUCGUUGGCCAGAUCCUGUCUGUCGCCGAUGGCAACAGAGAUGGACGGGUGUCACUGCCAGAAGCUCGCUCUACAUGGGCCCUCCUGCAGAUGGACGAGAUUUCUGCUUUGUUCUUUGAGGUGCUGCUGGGUCUGCUGCUCCAGGAUCGCGGACACACUCCUCGCCUCCUCGGCUACUGCGGUGACCUGUACAUGACGGAGCGGGUCCCCUACGGGCCCCUGUAUGGUUUGUCUCUACCCUGGCCGCUGGUGUCCUGGGUGCCAAGCAGUUUGCAGCGCACCAUGGACCAGUGGUUCACCCCGUCUUGGCCUCGCAAAGCCAAGAUCUCCAUGGGUCUGCUGGAGCUGGUGGAGGACAUCUUCCACGGCACCUACGGCAGCUUCCUCAUCUGCGACCUCACCGCGGCGCACUUCGGUUACACCGACCACCACGAGCUCCGUCUCACCAAUGCCCGAGCGGUCGUUCCCGAAGACGAGUUCAGACGCACCAUGCGGAUGCUGAGGUGCGAGACGGAUGCCGACUGCGUGUACGGGGUGGACUGCCGGACGUCAUGCAACUUGUCAGAGAAGCGGUGCAGGGAGGAGCCGGUCCAGCCGAACUUGGCGAAGGCAUGUGGCGCACUGAAGGACUACCUCCUGCGCGGGGCACCGUCGGCAAUGAGGGAGGAACUGGAGAGGCAGUUGUACGCCUGUAUGGCUCUCAAGGCUAAUGCUGGACAAAUGAACAUGGAGCACUCACUAAUCCUCAACAACCUGAAAGCUUUGCUGUGGAAACAGAUCUCACACACCAAGGACUCGUGACGAGGAGAAGAAAUCCAUCUGAAAUCGUGCCAGUCAGCUUCUCACUCGGAGCUGACAAUUAAAGAUGCUGUGAUUUAGGAGUAGCAAAUUGAAUGAAGUCAUUUUUAUCAGCUCUUAACACUUACGAAUGAACUGACUAAUGGAGACUCUACCUCCUCUAUCCCAGUUUCAGAUGUUCAGGGCCUGGAAAACACAACACACAGAGUAUGUUGAAGUAUAAGACUAAAAUAAACUGAAUGAUUGCAUGUUGCCAUCACUCACAUUCAAAACAAGUCAUACAGCCACAUUUUGUUGUAUUGUUCACCACUGUGGAAUGUUUCAGGGUCACUGCUGGAAAAAUAGACUGAUUUUACUGUUGUUAGUCUCAAGAGCUGAGAGACUAAAUUGCUGUUUUUGCCACAAAACCGUGCUGAUACACGUGGUUCAUCAAAGAGGAGUUUAUUCUGUUAAAGAAAACAAGGAUUAAAAAACCAGAGUGUCUGUUGUACAAAAGCUCCAGUAUAAAGUGUAUUGAAAUUGCACUAUAUUUUGAUAUGCUCCUUCAUUUUGUUAUGUUAUGGUUGCUAGGGUCUGUAUUCUAUAUUUUUAUUAUCUUUAACUAAUCCAAUGAAAAGAUCAGAACCAACCGGUGUUAGUCUGUAGAUACAUUCCAGUUUCAGUGUCUGUAGCACUCGGCCCCAAGCCUAUGGUGUCUAUGAGGGGUGUAGUGAUUUUCCUAAUUCACAAUUCAGUUUGGACCUCGAUUUUUGAGCCACAAUUUAGUUCAUACCAGGGUGUGUGUUCCCAUACUGCUGACUUCAAUGUAAGUGGUGGAGUCUGCAGUCUGAGGGUUAUUUUUUAUCUUGAGAUAAUUAAACUAGUUUCCAUCAUUGAUUGGACCAAAAUAGCUAUGUGACACAGAGUUAGUAGAAAAUAAAACCGGUUUAAUAUAUAAUAUUUACAAUAUAUACAGCUAACCGUAACUUUAAAUAGAAUAAGAGAGAGAGCUCAACAGACUGCACCUGCAGUGGUGGCGGCAGGUUGUGGACGUUUGUAUCAGUUUUGAACCUGGUUCCAGAAUCGUUACACCCCCUAUAUAAAUUUAAUCUUGAAAAACAGGUCACAAAAUUAUACUUUUUUUUUUUUUUUUUUGAAACAAUUUAAUAAUUAAUUACAACAGCUGAGCACUGUUACUUUUAGUAGUGGCCACUCUAACAGGAGAAAACGCAACAUUUGUAGGGGACUACUUUCAGCUGUGGAUUAAUACACAUUUGGAGCACCAGAGAGUUUUUGUAACAGCUGGACAGAAUCAAGUCAAACACAGUUUAUUAUGGUGUAGUAAAUGUGUCUCCCAGUACAAGAGUGGCUCAUUGUGUUUUAAUAGUCUGUGGACACAGUGGAGUCAACAACACAGAUUACUCAAAUAUUUUAUGCAAAGUGGGAUUGAUCCAAUGUUGGUUUUGGUCUUUUCAGGGGAUUAUUUGACACUAAAAUAUAGAGCAACACCAGAUUUAACCUUUGACAAGCAGACACUGGUGAUCAAUCAAAGAAAAAUGUUAAUAAAUUAGUGGAGGAAUUUAACAAAUGAUGAUACGUCUAUGAAAGAUCCAACGCUAAAGAGCGCUGAAGCUGCUCUGAAGGUUCAUUGUGGCUUUUCCUUUAGUUGUCACUUGUGAAACGGGGCAGUUCAUUAGCUUCAAAGGGGACAAUGUGAUAUUUGCCAGUAUUACACAGGGGUCAUACAGUGUGUCAGUGUACAUCAAUGUGCUGUAAGUUUUCCACCUGUAACCCAAGUGACAUCAUCAAUGCUGCAUCAAUGACACAAAGAGAAAAUAUUAAUGUAUUUAAUUUGGUUUGUGAAUGUUAUCUUCUUGUAUUUCUCACUGAAAAGAGCAUUUGUGGUAAAGUACUGUAUCACCUUAUUUUUGAAUUUCAUCUGUCACAGUGCCAGAGCUCAUGCUGAAACCAUUUUAUGAAUGUUUACCACCAGUGAAGGUGGAGAUCUUUAUCAAAUCUCGUGGUUAUAUUUGAAUGCUGUAUAAAAUAUUUCCCAUGAUCCCAUUCCCUUUGAGACAUUGCUGGUGUGAAAUAACUGUGACCAAGUUGAGUUGACAACCUAACUUGUUAAACCACUUUUAAAAAUGCAUUUCAGAACAGACAUGACCUGUAAAGCAUGUCAAGCUUGUGGUCAAUGCUGCUGUUUGAGUUUUGAAAAUGUUAAAAAAAAAAAAAAAAAAGAAGAAACCAGCAUGAUUUUUGCACAAUUAAACUACAUACCACUUCACUGUAA